AUGCCUAAAGCCUGCUCGGCCGUUAACUGUCCCAACCGGGACACGCGGGAGAACCGGGCCAAGGGCCUCUCAUUCCACAGGUCUGCAUCUGAAUACCGUAAUGGGGCCUCCUCAUGGAGAGUGUGGCUGGUUCUAAGCCUAUUAGCGGAGGGGGCGGGGCUUUGGUUAACAAGGGGCGGGGCCAGGUGUGGGGUUGUGGGCGGGGCUUUGUGUCAGUCGGUGUCGUCACCUGCACCAUCAGCCCAUGUGGGGAAAGUCAGUGGGAUUUAUAGUUUCCCAUCUCUUCUUCCUCCUCCAGCUUCCCCAAAGCCCAUGAACUGAGGAAGAAGUGGAUGCUGGCUGUGAAUCGCAUUGAGCCAGGCUCCAGGAAGCUGUGGAUCCCAGGCUCAGGCGCCUGCAUCUGCUCAGAUCAUUUCUUCCAGGAUGAGUUCGAGGUGUAUGGAGGACAGAAAAGGCUGAAGGCGGGCGUGAUCCCCUCCGUCUUCUCCUUCAAGGUAUCCUAGCGCCAGAGAAGGGAGGAGAGUGCUGUCAGGCAGGGCCACCAAGUAGCCAAUGCUCUACCAUGGUUUAAGGCAGAAUAUUAGCCUCCAUCUGUGAUCGCUCCCCCAGUGGUGGCCACCAGCUUAGGUGCCUAUAAAAGAGGAUUCAUGGGUCUGCACUGCUGUCAGAGGCAGUGAUGCUUUUGAAUGCCCAGCAGGGGUGCCAAUUUAAAUCAAAUAUUGUGGGGGCCCAGGUAAACCCCACCCCGCAUAAUCAAUCACAUGACACAGUGCACACACACAUUUGAAUAGAAAUGCCCAUCAACAUUGUGGGGGCCUGGCCCCCUUAAAUAUUUUAUUGUCGGGGCCAAAGCCCCCACAGCCCCUAGGAGUUGGCUCCUAUGAUGCCCAGUUGUAUAGAAACCAUGUGCUCCACCAAAUUCUUAAAGACUACAAGUGAGGGGUGAAUGUCCACAUUCCCUCCCACUGAUAUUUUUUCUGCACAGACAAGUGUAUACCUAAAAUAUCAGAAAGCAUUUCUACAUUUGAUCACCCACCCACAGUCUGAAGAGGCACAGUCAGCUAACAGUUGAGUUUUAACAUGAGGAUUUAGAUAAUCUUAUUUCCCACUUUGCUUUUAAAAGUAUCAGUUGUAACUAAUCAUGAUGGUCAUAGGCCAGCUCCAACUGUCUCUGAAUUGCCAUUUACUGGGGGGGGCGGUUUUUGCCCAGAGGCAUCUGGUUGUUAACUGGGAAACAAAAUGUUGGUCUCAGUCAGGGAUGGAGAACCUCAGGCCUGGUGACCAAACACAGUUCUCCAAACCUCUCUCUCUGGCACUUGGAACUCUUCCCAGGUGAUACCCUUCACACCCUAAAUAUUGUUGCCUAGUUGGAAUUCUAAUGAUGUGGCUUGCUUGUCUGGAUAGAAGAUAAAGAGAGGUGUAUGAGUAUGUGUGUGUAUAGAAAGGUUAAAUUUGCAUUCAUUGCUCUGCCUUCUUUUGCUGCUGCCCCACCCACCACUGACAUGUGGCGCUCAGAAGGAAAUAGGGAGCCUGGUCUGAAAAAAGGUGUGCCACUACUGGUCUAAACAGCCCUUUGAUAUGAUCCAGCAGGGCUCUAAACUUUGACAUGCUGGUCAUGUGUUUUUGUCAGUAAUUGCUACUCUUCUUUUCGUGUGUGUUGAUGUUCUUGCUCAUGAUCCAAGCCAUGCUGCCUUAUUUCAUGGGGUAAAAACUGUUUCUUUUACCAAGGCAGACAAGACUGCAAGCAGUCAUAAUAAAAAAAAGUGCUGCUGACACUAUGUUGGUACACUUGAAGAUUAUCUCACACCAAUUCAUGUUGUUGCCCUUGCUCUGUUCCCAGCAACAAGUAGCCUCAAAGUUUGGAGAAGUGUUUGAUUCCCUCUCCCAGCACUGUAGUGCAUCAACAGCAUGAACCACUGGGGGGAGCCAUAUUAUUAUACAAUAUAUGCUGUGUGGUGGAGGACAUGUGAGGUGCUUGGAGUAAGAAGAUACCAGAAACUUAAGGUCACAAUCCUACAGCGAAGAUUAUUAUUAUUAUCAUCAUUUAUUCAGUUUAUAUACCACCCUUUAUCCAAAGAUCCCAGGGUGGUGUACAACAUCAAGAACAUAUUUCACGGAGCAUAAUAAUAAAAAACAAUGCAGAGCAUAAUUAUAGAUGCAUGCUAAUAAAAUAUUCACAAUAACAGUCCCUGCCACAAACACAUUUAACAAGCCAUAGAUUAUUUAUGGCUGAAGGCCUGGGUAAAGAGGAAUGUUUUUGCUUGGCGCCUAAAGACAUGUAAUGAUGGUGGCAGGUGAGCCUUUCUGGGGAGAGCAUUCCACAGAUGAGGAGCCACCACAGAAAAGGCCCGCUCUCUGCUGGUUGAGGGGCUGCAGGGUUUAGCAGAAGCCCUGCUGCACUUUUCUAACAAACCAGGGCUUCUCCUGCAACCCUUGUGCUCCUAGUACCUAUAAUUGGAUGUUGGGGCUCGGAGGGGUGAGUGGGAGGCCAAAUGCCCCAUUGGUGGGCAUCCUUCGCUAUUACAUUUAUAUCUUGCCUUUUCUCCAGGAGUUCAAGGUAGUAUACACGGUUGUCCCCAUCUCCAUUUCACUGUUGCAACACACUUGUACAGUAGGUUAGGCUGAGAGAUUGUGACUAGCGCAAAGUCACCCUGUGCACUUCAUAUCCGAGUGGGGAUUUGAACUCCGUUCUUCCAGGUCCUAGUCCAGUACUCUCCCUACUACGCCACACUGGCUCUCAUUCCAGGCAUAGUCCUUAACUGGUGGGCUUUAGGAUGUUUCUAGGGGCAGUGAGUUUGUGUCUGUUGUGUUUAUACUGCUUUUGGUGUUUCUGUGCUGUGUGUUCCACACCACACUGUUUCAGGUUGAGCUUGCAUUGGGUGUGGCAGCUAUUCAGCCAACAUAAUGGUGACUUAUCUACUGCCUCCUUGGCAUAGCACGAGAAUAGGAUUGUUCUGUAAAUACACUUCCUACCCCCCUGCACAUUAUCUAGUUGCACUGUUCAUUUCUAUGCUUCUGGAAGAUUUGCUUGUAAUCAAAUGUCAUCGUUCCCCCCCCCCCCCAUUUCCUCUUUAUGUCACAGAGUCACUCCAUAUUUCAUUGCUGUAGGGUAGGAAAGUUUUAACAGUAAAAUUAUAUUAACACACAGGAAGAAUGGAGGUUAUAUUUAGCUAUUAUUUCCAUUGUAUUCAACUUUUCUAUAUCACCUUGAGCAUUAAUUCAAAACGUGUUGACUGACCAAUUUAUGUGUAUUUCAGGGUAUCUCUAUGUUUCUAUUUCUUUUUUAGAGUUCCUCUACUUGAUCCAUAUUUUAGUUUCCUCCAGGUUGCUUAUUAGGUUUACAUAACAGGGGGGGACGGACAUCUAGAGGCUUGGGGUUUUGUUUUUUUAACACUGGAGUGCUUUGUGGGGAACCCUGCAAUAUGCAAACCCACACAUGAUUGCUCGGCAGACAAUGGCCACUUUGUGUAACAUUUCACUGAGUUUGCACCACACCCUGGUUGCAGUGUUUCCAUUUCUGCUUGCAAGUUCAGGCAGAAUCUAUUCAAGUUUAAGAAAUUUCAGGUCUCACUGAUUUCAUGGCCUCAGCUCUGUAUUACCUAAAAGAGCAGCUUCGCCCCCAUCAUUCAGCUCUGAGGUCCAGUUCUGAGGGCCUUCUGGUGGUUCCCUCAUUGUGUGAAGUGAGGUUACACGGAACCAGGAAGAGGGCCUUCUCAGUAGUGGCACUCGCCCUGUUGAACGCCCCCACAUCAGAUGUCAAAGAAAUGAACAAUUACACAACUUUCCGAAUACAGCCCUGUAUCAGGAAGUUUUUUAAGUUUGAUGUCUCACUGUGUUUUUAUAUUAUGUUGGAAGAUGCCCAGAGUGUCUGGAGCAAGCCAGUUGGAUGUCUGCGGUUUAAGUAAUAAAUUAUUAUUAUUAAUAAUAAUAAUAAUAAUAAUAUUCAGUGGGAGAGAAUUUCAUUGCAAUUCGAUACUGCAGUUACACUAGCUGAGUGGGCAUGGGUUGCUUCUCAGCUCCAUGCCCUAUUCUGGAGUGGGGAAUUGGCUGUGGUCAGAAGACUUGAGGGUCCUUAUGUUCCCCACCACCCAGGGGCCAACUUUAACGGGUGGAUGGGGUUGCCCACCUGUCAGUCAGCCAACAUCACAAUAAUGUCAGGUGGCCCAUCUUCCUUUGACCUGCGCAGCUUGAAAUCAAACCAUGCGGACAAGGGCGCAGUACUUUGUAGGUGCCUGCAAUCAGCUGCUUUGCAAGCAAGACCAUUUUUGGCCCAGCUUUGUCUUCGCUUGCCUGACACCUGCUGACAUAUAUGACAUCCGGUGUAGGACAGAUGGGCAUGGAUUGACCAAAAUGCCUUCGCAGGCCAAAUGGGGAAGCCUGGUGGGCCUAAAUAAUAUUGCAGGCUGGAGAGCCCCCAGUACUGCUGCUGUGUCUUAGCUGGAAAAUUCCUCAUCAGAGGAUAACCUGGAACUCCCAGUACUAAGCAAAGCCCCAGACCUGACUAGAUCUGGGGAGAGGAGUAAGUUGGGACUCUUGGACAAGGCCGCUGUGGGGCUGUUGGCACAGUGGGAGAGUUUGGCCUCAGAGGCUAAGGCUGGAUGGACCCUGAGCUUGUAGGAGCAACGAUGUUUUAAACAGCAAAUGGAAACCUGUCCAUAAAGGGAAGUACCAGACUUGGGAGUCCAGGUCUUUCUUUGACAACAGCUCAUGAAACUCAGUUGGACCCCUGGGUGUGGUUCCGGUAGCUCCAGCUCAAAGGCCUCAGUACCAGGCUGGAACACUUCUUGCCUGGACCUUGAACUGCCCCUCAACUUGCCUCUUUCCUGCACCACUUGGGAUCGGCUCUUUAUGUGCUAUGGGAACAACAUGAGUGCUGUGUUGGGUGGGAUCUUCUUCCUUUCCUUUGCGUGUUUUGGCUACAAAAUUGUGUUUGAGAGCAGCAAGAGGAGUCUUGAACCCCUGUUUAUAGGGAUGUUUUGGGGCUUCCAGCAGCAGAGUUACUGCUGGUUUUGCAUGUUGUGAUGAAGGGGCAUCUGCUCUUUGUGUGCGUAUGUGAGUCAUUAAGAAUUCGUAGGCUCCCUCCAUUUGUGGGCACCAUCACCUAUAGUCCCUGAUUGGUGGGCUUUGGCAGAGUUUCUUAGUACUGUAGUAGGAAGUGUGGGGGAGGGCGGUCUGCUGUUUUUAUGCCAUUUCAAUGUUUUCUGAGUUGUGUGUUUUCCUCAGAUAUAAUGACUGGUCUCCUGGUACAGUAGCCAGAUAUCUCCCCUCCUCUUCCUAGAGUAUUUACAGUAUAAGAUUGCUACCUCAUUCAAGAGUAGCAUUCAACUAAGUUUUACUCAGAGUAGACCCAUUGAACUUAAUGGCCCUAACUGAGUCAUGUUUAUUCAUUUCAGUGGGUCUGCUCUGAGUAAAGCUUCGUCAACUACCACCUUAAACGUUUAGUUGUUAGCUGGGAUGUGUCCAUGUGACUGCAUGUUGACACAAGUUAGCAUUCUAGACUCUUACCUCACAGAUAAGUCUAUCCUGGAUGCACAUCUUUGUAGGAUCUGAGAUUGGUAUAGCCCAAUGAAUAAAGAUGGAAGAGAGUUGAACUGAGGUUUUGUUCCUGUCUCUCACUUAUUUAGAGCAGAAAGGUCUCAAUUUGUCUGUAGCUGUCAGAGGUAGGGAUGUUGUUAGAUACAAUUCCCAUCAUCUCUGUUGGAUUCACAACAGCAUUGGAACAUCAUGUUUUCUGUCCUUGCUAUGACAUUUAAAAAGGGGGGAAAAGACUGUGUGUCCCUCACUCUUUAUAUCCACUUCAUAAUUCUUUGUGUUUGCCUCAUAUCUAAUCUUUUUUCCACGCUUCCAUGGUGUAGGGAGGUGGUAGUUGUUUUUCUGGAAGUAUUGCUGAUCCAAUCUAAAAGAAUCUCUGCACAGAAUAACGUUUUGGUUUUGCCACAAGAGGGAACAUCAGAUUUGGCUGCAAUGUGGGACCUUUCCCCCACUCUCCCCCUUUAUUACUGGUUGUAUUCAUCAGAGCAUAGGCUGCCCAAAACGUAGCUCCCUGGGGCUUUCUGUCCUGUAUUUCCUGUGUUUUCUUUCAGAAUGGGUGAUCUGUGUGCCUCUGAAGCUGCAACAUAGGCACACUGCUCUUAACUGCCAAGUGUUUGUUUCAGGAGAGUGCCCUGCCUCCUUGUCUUCAGUCCCUGAAUAAUGCAAGCACUGUCCACGAAAAGUUUCAGUAUGUACAGCUGUUGUUAAAUGUCAUGCUACGGCAGGAACAAAAUGUCCAAGAGGGCAGGGUAUCCUGGGUUACAUUAAGAUUUGAAGCAAGUCCCUAGUAGCAUGUGGCUUGUUACCCUUUGAAGCAAGAUGCUGGGCUAGGUAGAUCUCCUUUGUGGAUUGAGGCAGAAGAUCUUGCGCUACCUAUGGCAAUUGAAAGCUUUCAUCUUGGGUCAUAGAAGGCAGAAGGAAAUGGCAAACACAGAAGAUGGCCAGGGGUGGGGGUGGGAAGCAUCCCAAAAGAAGUGAUUUUAUCCAGAUGCAGCCUACCUGGCUGGACAUGGCUUCAGGCUUCAAAGUGGCCUGUUUUGUAAUCCUUCUCACUGAAGGAGAACUGAGUUUAGUUUGGUGCCUUUGUAGAACAAUCACAGGCCUCUUAAAGAACUAGGCAGAUGCAAAAUGCUUUCUAAAUGGCGUAGUCUUAUUUGGUACUGUUUGGACUUUCUGAGGGGGUUUCUCUCAGCCUUGAUAUCUUGCUCACAUCUGGGAGAGGCCUGGGUUACUGCAUGAAGAAAGCAAUGGUUUCUGGGAUCCUCAACAUCUGGUUUGGAUUAGUGAGGUAACCGCAACAUCCUGUGAGAAGGCCCUGGUGUAAUAACUGGAUUUGCUACCUCAGUCCAAAAAAUGAGCGCCUGGGGAGAGUGCACCCUCCUUGCCUCUUUCCAAAAGUUGAAAUAAAUUCAUUUGUAUGGGAAGUCAUUUGAAUUUUUUAUAGCCAAAGGGGUGGGGAAAUGACAUUGCACAACUCACAGAAGCAAACUAACUUCCCAGGGGUUUAACUCUUGUCCUCCUUGGCGUAAGUCAUGCUGUUCUAGAGGGGAAAGAGUUGUGAUACAGGAACAACAAGGCUGGUUUCUCGUCCCUAAAUCUUACCCAGGUCCCUCAAAUGCCUCAUAAUUUCUGUCAGAAUUCCUAGUCUCUGACAAUACAGAGCUGCAGAGGUGGACACUUCCAAUCCCAUCCCCUGGUUUUCUGUGAAGGCAGCAGAAAUGUAAGAAUUGCUGGCAUUAGGGGUGUUUGUCUUCCUUGUACAGGACAGGAAAGGCUUCCUGCUAGUGACUCUUCCCUGGUCAGGAAAGUUGUAGUGCAGCUCACCUUGGCAGCUUAGCUGGACUUUUUACUUGUCUGCCUUGCUCAGCAAUUUGGGCCAUACUGAGGAAUUUCUGAGCUGCAGCUUGAUUCUCAUUUACUAACCUCAAGGGCUCUCCUACUAGAUCUCCUUUGUCCCUAAAAUAUGUGCUACCUCAGGUUCUGGUCCAGUCUAAAACCUGCAACCUCUAAGGGUUGACUCCAACUAAAUUCUGCUUGGUGUAGGCCCAUUAAAAUUAAUGAACCCAAGUUAGUCAUGUCUGUUAGUUUCAGUGUGUCUUCCCUGCAUAUGAGUAAGAUUUGAUACAGCCUCACUUUUCCCUUCUCAUUCAGCAGUGUUAGGAAACCUCAGGUUUGGGGGUGAAUGUGGCUCUCUAGGCCUUUCUAUCAGGUCCUCAUGACUCUCACUAGGCCACACCUUUCAUUGUCCCUGUUCUGUGCCCUCCUUGAGAACUGUUGCCUGACUGGAAGAUGUCUGUGAUGAUGCCUUUUGCUUGUGUGAAUGGAAAGAAGUGUGUAUGUGGGGGUCAGGGAGUACAGAUUGUUAUGACUUUUGCAUGACUAGGAUGUAGCCUAUGGUACAAAGAUAAGAGUCCCAUCCGGUGCCCCACCUAAUUUUGCCUCUGGCCUCCUCCAUGACUUGCAUGUGACCCUUGUAAGGUUCUCCAUUGGGCAGUGCAGCUCUUGGGCCCAAAAAGGUUCCUCACCCCUGCUGCUCAGGAAGCAAUGGCUUCUAAGACCAUCCGUUAAAUGAAGAAAAAUAAGCUGUAGGUGACUGUGUUUAUUUUUGGAGACAGUUGAGUAGAUAGACACAUUUCCUAGUAUGUAAUCCACUGAACCUAGGUGCAAGAGCGUGAAUUGAAAGUGGGCAUAUGGGAAGGAAAAAGGCACAUUUCCAAAAGCAGCAGGAUUCAGAAUAGGGAGAGGAUUUACUUAAACUUGCAAACUUGGGUUGAAGGAAGGAAAAUGCAGCAAGGGAGGACGAGAGUUUGGGAAUUGCUAGUGGGCCUUGGGGGGUGUAUGUGUGAAGGGAAUGGAAGAGAAGAACUGUGGUUCAUCAGCUUUUUGCUCAGUAAUAGCAGGAACUGGAAAGCUGAAGAAGUGCCAACACAUUUUAUGAGUCUCUGAUUCAGCUGCUCAGGGUCAUAUAGUGAAGAAGGAGCCACAGAAGAACUUCUUUAUCCAGAUACCUGCUAGGACAGACCAUUUGUUGGCAAUAGAAGGGGUGUCCAGAUGAUAGCCUGACAUGGAAUAUAGUACUGUAUGUACAAAUGGAAGACAGGAACAGGGAAGGGAUUGCUGUACUGGGAGCAAUAUUCAGUGGGGAAUACUAUUUAUUAAAGUGCUUAAAUGUAUGUUAAGUGUUGUACAGUAGUCAAUAUAUUGGCACCCUGCCAAAAUUAGCUCACACUUCAACAGAGGGACAAGACACAGAAGGGUCAGUGAAUAGCAGUAAUAAGGUGGUCAGGCAAAUGCACCAAAUUCAGGGACACUUUAAGUAGCAGUAGUUUUUGAGUUAUUUAUUUUUCAAAUAUAUAUACCGUAUUUUUUGCUCUAUAAGACGCACCAGACCACAAGACGCACCUAGUUUUUGGAGGAGGAAAACAAGAAAAAAAAUAUUCUGAAUCUCAGAAGCCAGAACAGCAAGAGGGAUCGCUGCGCAGUGAAAGCAGCAAUCCCUCUUCCUGUUCUGGCUUCUGGGAUAGCUGCGCAGCCUGCAUUCGUUCCAUAAGAUGCACACACAUUUCCCCUUACUUUUUAGGAGGGAAAAAGUGAGUCUUAUAGAGCAAAAAAUACGGUAUAUAUAUAUAAUCUUAUUUUGAAAAUUUUUAUUCCACAUUUCAGCUGAUAACUCUCCCAGAGGAAGACACAUUGCAGAGUUUCCCUUCUUCCUUAUACACUUUGUUAUCAAACAUUUCCAGCAGUCCUAUCCAUAUUUAGUCAGAGGUUAAGUGUCAUUGUAUCCUAUUGGUUGUACCCUUCUUUGUGUAAGUGCAUUUAGCAUUGCAGCUUUUGAUCAAGGUCAAGGUCUCCCAGCACUUUUCCUGUUCUGCCACCGGCUUGUGGGCUCAGCAGAGGUUUUCCAUAAUCCUAAAACAAAGAAAGGGACAGCUGCAGAGAGAUGGAUAUGGUUCCCGCUACGUCCAAGUGGGGGUGGGGGGAAUAUGCUUAGGUGUGCUGCAGUGGGGUGGGGGAAUGUUCCAAGCAGUUUUUAUUAAGAAGCAUUGCCCCCCCCCCUUUGGUUCUCAAAAUGCCUUAGGAACCAUAUUCAUCUGUGCAAUUUUCUUCUUUUUCUUUUGUCUUUGGUGUAUUUUCUGUAGCUGUCAUUGUGCAUAGAUUUUUAUAGUCCUUUCUAGUGUACCCUGUAGCCCAACAGCAUCGGAAAUGUUUUAGGAAGUUUGAUAUAUACGACUGAUAGCUCACAAUAAUCUGCACUUGAGCUGGCAUGCUUGAGAUUAGGCCUCUGUCUGAAAAAGCUGCGAAGCUUUACUUCCAAAGCCAGUUUUCCUUCCGUAUCCCACUAAUAAUAAUGGGGAAGCAAGGUGAUGCAGGGGCAGAAUAUUUGCAUAGCAUGUAGAAGGUCCCCGGUGCAAUGUCUGGCAUCUCAAGGUAGUGCUAGCUAAAGACUCCUGCCUGGAACCACAGAGAGAUGCUGUCGAAUCAGUGUAGGCAGCACUGAAUUGCGUGUUUCUGUUCCGAGAGUCCAGAAUUCAUUCCCUUCCCAUGCCUGACAGCUGGUGUUGAGGAAAAGGGAUGUGUCUUCACCUUCAGACCAUACUAUUUCAGAGCACAGGCGAGGAAUUCUGUGUUUGAAGUCAGACACUUCACUGGAAAACCAGCACACCAUGGAGGAGACUAAGAGAACAACUGUCUCUGACAAUGUUACCUUUAUUGUGCAGUGAAUUAGUUUUGUAGUGGAAGGCUGUUCCAAUACGUAAGCCCUCAUCUGUAUUCUGGUCUCAGAAAUGCCUUUUUUCUUCAUUUGAAAUAAAUCUGGGUUUGCCUGACAAUGAGUAAAUAACGUAGAGAGUAGGUUGGAUCAAACAUAAUGCCACAGUCCUAUAUAUAUCUACAAUGUCUACAGAUAAGUAAAACCCACUGACUUGAAUGGGACUUUGAGAUAAGUGUAUCUAGAAUUGCGACUGAGCAGUUAACUUUUCACCCAGUUAAAUUGAUGAAAUUUAAGAUAGUCAUGAGUAAGUUGCCUCAUUAAUUGUGUGGGACUAAGGCAUAACCUGGAUCCAGCCUCUAAUGUUUGAAGUAUGCUUAAUUAGUUCCAGUAAUACCAUGGUGGGGACGCGGGUGGCGCUGUGGGUAAAACCUCAGCGCCUAGGACUUGCCGAUCAUAUGGUCGGCGGUUCGAAUCCCCGCGGCGGGGUGAGCUCCCGUCUUUCGGUCCCAGCUCCUGCCCACCUAGCAGUUCGAAAGCACCCCUAAGUGCAAGUAGAUAAAUAGGUACCGCUUUAUAGCGGGAAGGUAAACGGCGUUUCCGUGUGCUGCGCUGGUGCUGGCCCGCCAGAGCAGCUUCGUCACACUGGCCACGUGACCCGGAAGUGUCUCCGGACAGCGCUGGCCCCCGGCCUCUUAAGUGAGAUGGGUGCACAACCCUAGAGUCGGACAUGACUGGCCCGUACGGGCAGUGGUACCUUUACCUUUACCUUUUUAAUACCAUGGCAAUGUUGUUGGGGAUUAUUUUUUGUUCGCUUUUGCCUUCUACUACAGCAUUAGCUUAUCCAGUCUGUUUCAACCAGGCCUUUUUCUUUUUUUGGUCGAAUUGCUAUUCAUUUCUAAUUCAUUGCUAAUUCAUUUGAACUCUUUCUCAAUACAGGAACCAACAAAAGGGAAACAUCCAUCAAAGUCUGUCAAAACCAUGGGCAUCAGUUGGCCAGUGGCUAGUGUCAGCGAAGCUACUCCACCAGCUGACUCAUCUCCUGCACAAGCCAAAGCAGUAUGUAUACCAGCGAGGGUAGCUGGUGCCUUCUCCAAUGCCAGCAAUGCAGCUGUUGGGAAGGACUUUGGGGCAGAGGUCAAGGUCAAGAAGAAUGAGCAGGAGAACGCUAAACACAGCGGAGCUGGCUCCAAAUUCUGAAAAAAGCAAUGCACAUUACCAUAUGAAGAGCCCCUCCUCCCCACCAGGAGACCAUUAAGUCCAGAAUCUAAAAUUGCAAAACUGCGUGUCACUAAACGCUGUAGCAUGUAGCUUAUAUUACCAUAGGGACUUGGACAAAGCCUAUAGCAAAGAUGGGGAACCUCAGGCCCGUGAGUGAAAUGUGGCCCUCCAGGUCCCUCUCUGGCCCUCAGGACACUCCCCAGGCCACACCCACUCUUCCAAGGCCACAUCCCUAAUUGUUCUUAGAUUGCAUCCUCCUUGAGUGCUUGUGUCUGGCUGGAAUGUAUCCUUGACCUCAAAUAAUGCUUCUUGUGGGCCUGGAUGGAGGAGGUGUAAGUGUGAGUAGAAACCAGCCUACUGUACAAAGGUAGAACUAUACAUUCUUUGCUCCUGGAGCAAACUGCAGAUCCUGACUUCCAUCACGGUAUCCUAAGUUAGCUUUAAAGAGGGAGAGUGGCCACAUCCACUAACUAUUGUGAAUCUGAUGGGAGAAAGGAGUCUGGGAAGGGUUUACUCUGGCUGUGGUGAGAGGCUAAAAGGAAAAUCAAGGCAAAGGAGAAAGGUGAAGUCGGUUUAGUUUUCAGGAAUAAGCAAAUUCAGCCCUUUGUGGAAAAUCCGCAAGGACAAACAUCGGGUGCCGGGAGGACAUGGAAGUUAUGGUGAGAGAAUUAAAGAGAUGGAGCAACGGGUCUUCUUUGUCUUCCUGUAGGUGGAACUCAUCCAAGCGGAGCAUCAGUAUAGUCUGAGUGAAGCUAUGGGCAGCAGAACCAAGUCUCUGAUUCCCACUGGCCCAGUGCAGGGGACUGAACGGGAGCAGGAUGCAGCCCAGCGUCGCCUCUCCUAUUAUCAGCAGGAGCUGUGGAGUGUGCUGGAGAGCUUGCGGGAGCAGCAUCUCCUCCAGAAGGACAUGGAACACAUGCUGCGCUCCCAGUUCAGCGGUAAGCACCGUAAGCCUUGCCAAAGGGGCUCUUCUUCAUGCCAGAGGCCUUUACAAUAAGACCAGUGCAGUUUGAGAAUCAUUCAAGGUUCCAAGGAGGGAACCAUGAUACAAACCAGCUUCAAGGCUUGGUUAAGAUGAGUGGGGUAAUUUUCACAGCCCUCUAGCGGCUCACGUACCAGAAGUAAUGUAUUCAGUGUUACCUCUGGAAGUGUAUACUUGAUUCUAACCAAACUAUGCCUCCUGAUGUGUACAGUGGUGCCUCGCAAGACGAAAUUAAUCCGUUCCACGAGUCUCUUCGUCUUGCGGUUUUUUCGUCUUGCGAAGCACGGCUAUUAGCGGCUUAGCGGCUACAGGUAUAAACUCGUUCCCGCAACUGCAAGCCUCGACCCCUAGGGAGCAUCUGGCCAUUGCAUAAGCCUCAUCCGGCCUCUUAAGCAGUCCCUCCUGACGCGCUUACAUAACACAAGCCCCGACCGCCGCCAUCCCAGCGACCCUGGAAGAUAAGAUCUGCAGCAAGCACCCCGCACCUCUGAUCCCGGGGCGCGCUCAGCCAAAGCGUCCCCGGACACCUGUCCCGCCACGCCUUUGCGCAGCGCUCUGCAGAGCGGAGCGAUGAGCCCGGCCGAUCGCAGGCAGGGCAAGAGGCGGUGAGGGCGGAGAGAGCGAGGCCCAGAGGGAGUCGUCUCCGGCAACGCCAUCGACGGCCCCGCCGCAGCUCCGGGUCCUGGAGCCCUCCGGCUGCCGACUGCCUUUAUUUUGCUGCAGGAGCCUCCUCUGCACUGGGAUCCUCGCACGCUCCCUCCGUCUCUCCAUGCCUUUUAGGUGAGUGGCAUGCUCGGUGGACGACCCACAGCGGGGCUUCCCUCAGCCGCGCGACCGGAGCUCGCCUUUGUGGUCACUUUGAGAAAAAGGAAAAAAAACUCGCAAGAAGUUUCGUCUUGCGAAGCAAGCCCAUAGGGAAAAUCAUCUUGUGAAGCGACGCAAAAACCGAAAAACCCUUUCGUCUUGCGCGUUUUUCGUUUUGCGAGGCAUUCGUCUUGCGGGGCACCACUGUAUUUUGCUUUAGGAGGCUUAGUUUGGUCAGUAUCGAGAAGACACUCCCAGAGUUAACACUAAAUACAUUACUUCUGGUAAAUGAACCACUGUAGCUGCUAGAAGGCCAUGAAAAAAUUGUGUCCUGGGCUUUUUAGACUCAUCUACCCAUGUACUAUCUGAAACCAAAGGAGUACAUUGGUUGCCAGAUGUGGAAUCUAUUGGCAUUGUUUCAGCCCCCCUACCCCACUUGAUUACCUCCUCAGCAUUUCCGACUGGCCAGUUGUGCUCAGUAUGCAAUUGCUACAAAUCUCCCCCACUUCCCCAAACCCUUAAUAACUUUAAGUACAUCCUUCUCUGCUUUCUUGGCCACCCAGUCCUCCUGGGUUUUGGACCCAGUUUCCCUCCCCAUGAAAAUAGAGGAUGUUGAAUCUUCUUCCGGCCCCCAGUCUGAACGCAAGAGAGUCACUGCUGAGGCCAAUGUUAAAGAAUCGUCCUCUGCAGCAUCACCCCAAAUUAGCUUCACCUCACUGUCCAUCCCUUGCUUGAAGAACCCUCUUUACUUCAGCAGACCUGCAGCUCACUUUGCAGUGUGAGGGAGCCCUGUGCGAGAACUACCCAGCUGCCACCCGCAACUUUGCCGUCUCGCUGCAUUUGUUCUCAGCCAAGGCCUAUGAAUUCGUGAAGAAGACAUUCCAGCUCCCAGAGGCCACCACCCUUCGCACGUAUGUCUUUCUUAUUUGUAUCUUAUUUGUGUUAACUAGGGGCAAACUUUGCAAAGCAACAGUGCACAGGCAUAUGCACUAUAUAUGCAUUCUAGCUUGCUGAAGAAACUACUUUUUCCAGUGUGACACUUUUAAGAUGGGAGAAAAGAAAGAGGGGUGGGGAAUGCCUGAAAACACACUACUUCAUUAUGUCAGGACACCUCACGUACAGACCUAGAGUAGCUCCUGAACGUACUCUGCAAGCUUUCUUUGUAAGAUUUGCCACUGACUGCUCAGACAUGGAUGACACCUCUUGGGACAUCUUCUGAAGGACCACAAUGGCAGAGGAUCUGACUUGCAAGCAGAAGGUCCCUGGUUCAGUCCCUGAGCUGGGAAAAGGCUCCUGCCCCAAAUCCUGAAGGGUUUCUGCCAGCCAGAGCAGACAUUGUGGAGCUAGAUGAAGCAGUGGUCUGACUUGGUAUAAGGCAGCUUCCUCUGUUCUCAUGCUACACAAGUAAAUUCCACAUCAAACAAUCCACAAGGGCAAAUAUGAAGUUUGAGGUGCAGAGGGGAGAGAGAAAUUCAGCUAAAGGUCCAGAUGAAAAAAAAGUUUUUCACUAGCUGCGAAAACUCCUAAGAGCUGCCGUAGAUGUUAUCUGGAGAGGAAGGGAGUUCCACCCUCAGAGGCCCUGUAUCAAGGAUGCCUUCACUCAGGUUGCCGGAAACCAAAUUCCAGGCAAAUGUGACAAUCCCUCAAGGAAAGUAGGGCAAAUUCCUUUGUUCCAAAAAGAAGAGGCCAAAUCUGAAAAUCAGGUUCCACAGAGGAGAUAUUUGCAGAUCCCCUGGAAAAGCUUUCAUUAAAAAUGCAAUAUUGGGCAAAAGGAGGAAAUUGUCAAACCAUGAGGAUAUGACUGUUGGUAACCCAGGAUUUAGGGCUGGAUGACUGAGAUAAAAAUGAGUUUGACAUCCUGCAAGGGACAGACGGAUGCCUGUGGCACCAUGAAGACUAUCGAUGCAUGGACUUUUGUAAACAAUAGCUUAGGCUGCCACCCAACACCAUUUAUUCUGAGUUAAGCCCCAUGGAAUUCAAUAGGACUUACUUCUGUAGACAUGGCUAGGAUUGCACUGCUACUUCACCAAAUGCAAUUGGUCAAGAAACCUCUGACCUUGAAGGCAUGCUGGGGGGAAAUGGUUAAUCUUUCAUGGUUACUGGAAUUGAACCUUGAAAGAUUUGAGUAAUGUACUAGCCAACUGAUUGAUCACUUUACAUGGGUUAUUAUGGGAGGAAUUCAGUGUAGCCCUAAACAGAUCACACUGUCAGCUCAAGCUUGCUUUUCUGGGAGUUCUCCUGACUGCCUCAGAGCUGAUAUCAGAGGUGCAGGGGGCAUGCAGUGGGAGGAUAGAGAGAAACCUUCAUUGCACUAGCAGAAGUCCUUGCACAGGCUUCCACAAGUGAGACUGGUUAGUUGAAUUGGGCCCUGUGUUUAUAUCCCAAAUUCCUCCAAGGAACCUAAGGUAGCAUACUUGGUUUUAUGUCCAACUCCCAUUUUAUCCUCACAACAACACUGUGAAGCAAGUUAAGCUGAGAGAUGGUGACUGACCCAAGGUCAUCCAGGGAGCUUCAGGACAGAGUCAGAAUUUAAACCUGGGCUGUCCCUUGUUUAGUACAGCAUGACAGUACAACCUCUGCACUGGCUUGGUAUCACAUUGUUGUAUGGAGGCAAUUUGAGAGAGGUAAAUGAUGCCCAAAACUCUGAUCAGGGGAAAGCCAAGGUGAACAAAAAGACUUGAAUAUAGUGUGCCCCGUGUGUGUGUGUGUGUGUGUGUGUGUGUGUACAGAGAGAGAGAGAGAGAGAGAGAUAAGCUUUUCAUCCAUUGGAGGUUAAAGUAAGAUCAGAUUUAUUAGCAAGAGGAAGCAGAGGAAUGGACAAUUCACAAGGAAAAGGAAACAGCUGUGCUAGUUGAUAAAACUAGACUUUGGAGGUAUAAGCAUCACUGCAAGCCUCUAAAGGUUUUCUCAGAAAUAUGUCUUGCUCUCUCAAAAAAAGUAUGAUCUCUCUCUCUCUCUGUCCCACAUACGUACAUAUAGGAUUGCAACCUAAGAAAGAUAGUCUGAAUUGGUUUGUCUUCUCCCAUCCAUCCAAACACUCAGUGGCACCAAAGAAAUAAGCUAAAAAAUAUCGUAAGACGCACGUGCCACUUAACUACAAUAGUCUCUAUGUGGUUUACAGUGGUACCUCAGGUUAAGAACUUAAUUCGUUCUGGAGGUCCGUUCUUAACCUGAAACUCUUCUUAACCUGAGGUACCACUUUAGCUAAUGGGGCUUCCUGUUGCUGCCGUGCUGCCGGAGCACAAUUUCUGUUGUCAUCCUGAAGCAAAGUUCUUAACCCAAGGUACUAUUUCUGGGUUAGCGGGGUCUGUAACCCGAGGUACCGCUGUACAAGAGAUAUAAUGCAAAAUGGUAAAAAUCGGUUAAAACACUAAAAUCAGAUGUGUCAUUAGAAAACGUACUCUGCUAUUCUGUGAGAGCCCAGAUAUGGGGAAAACAACUUUGGACUAUGGAAACAUCAAGAAAAGCAGACACAGCAAAGGCACAUGUAUCACAGAACCACACAACCGGCACUUGGCAAAAUCAAAGUACCGUGCUAUAAUGAUGUGCCUCUUUAAUUUUAAGAGCCAGAAACAUCUUUCAGUGAUGAUUAAAAUAUAGGUGUUAAAAAAUGAACUCAUAAAAUAGUGGUGUAGACAGUGGUGGACACAGUGUGGUGGGGAUGUACACGUGGGAAAAGCACAAAGUGCCCUGUACUAUGGAAAGUCAAUUGUUAUUCUGCUUGUAGUUUACAGAAAGGCAACAAUUAGAUAGCACUAGGAGCCCAUUGGGAAGCAACCUAAGAGUGACCCACACAAACUGUGCCAAAUGCACUGUUAGCCUAAAGGAAACCACAUGGAUGAUUCGGUGUGUUGGGAAGAAAACAGGCUUUCGAGCUCACCUGAUGGUUUAUGGGAGAUUUUUUCUUCUUCUUGAUUUCAAAUACUGCAAAGAGAACAAGAGUAUAAAAGCAGAACUGAUGCAGGCUCUGCCUUCCCACGUGGAACUAUUCUCAGGCUCUCUAGCACAAGCAUGGCCCAAAAUAGUUUAUGAAAGUAACAUCAUGCUUUGAUUUUUCUUAAGCACGAGGGCAAAGAAACAUACUAUCCUCAGGCUCCAAGGUUUGGCAGUAGAAGAAAGAUUUUUGUUUGAACCAAACAUGGAGCUGAUUAGCUUUCUUUCCCAUGCUUCUUCCCUCAUAGGUGGCUCUCAAACCUGGAUUACGAGCCGGGAUUCAGCCAACAAGCCUUCAAUGCUCUGGCAGAGAGAUCUCAAGCAGGGGAGAAAUCCUUCAAGCUGUGCUCUCUCCUUAUGGGCUCAAUCCCUUUGGAAAGGAGAAGCCACUAUGACCCUUCCACCGGGCGUUUGCACGGUUUGAUGGACUUUGGUGCUGGUAAAUAUGAUGCAGAUGAGGUUUCGGCAGCUGGAGAAGCCCUCCUGCUUGUGGCUGUUGGAUUCCAAGGCCAGUGGAUACUGCCUGUUGGCUACUUCCUCCUUGCCACCCUUAGAGGUGACAUACAAGCCCAGCUCCUAGGCCACUGUAUCUUCAAACUGUACGACAUUGGCGUGCAGGUGGUCUCUGUGACGUCUGACGCCACAGCUCCCAAUAUCGAGACAGCCAGGCGGCUGGGAGUGGUGGUGGACGGCCUCUUUGUCAAGUCCACAUUUUUUCAUCCUGCUACUCCUACGCUGGAAAUAGCAUACUACUUCGAUCCCAGCCAUUUGUUGACGCUGAUCCACCGCUUGCUGCAAGCUGCCGGCAGCCUCCAGGUGAGCGGCAAGGCGGUCUGCUGGGAUUACCUCCUGCAUCUCGGGGCUCUGCGGGAAGAAGUGGUGCUCCAGGCAGCAUGCCAGGCCGGAGCGAUCAGCCCGCAGGAACAGCAGGUGUGGGGAAAUGGGGCCACGCAGUUGUUCAGCGAGGGCACGGUUCAGGCCUUGCAUUUUGCAGCGAGGCUCGGCCUGCCUCAAUUUCAGGGUCAUGAAGCCACCGCCCACUUUAUCGGGCUGCUGAGUGCCAUUUUUGAUGCGUGCAGCAGCUGCAGCAUCCAUGGGAAAGGUUUCAAGGCACCCCUCUCCCGCGCUAGUGCCAGCGCCCUCAACAACCUCUGCAACGAGUAUGAGAACCUGCUUCGCAAACUCCGCACUGCCACUGGGGAGCUGGUAGGGCUGAGCAGGCAUCGAUGGGGCUUCAUUGGCUUCCUGGUGAACCUGCGCAGCUUUCAGUGGCUGGCGCAGACCCAUCUACAGGCAGAAGACGAGCCCACCACUUCUUUGAUGUCCUGUUGGUGGAGCCUGGACCCUCUGGAGUGGUGCAGGGGAGCCAUACAGCAAGCCCGUGGGCACAAAGGUGUUGGCCCCGCAUGGACCUUCCAGGAGGCAUACAGGCUUGUCUUGAACAGAGCUCUUUCUGGUCUGGGCCUCGACCCACCAAACCUGCUUGACAUAUCCUUACGCAGAAGAACUAACCUCCAGUUGCAGGCUUCCUGGCCUCUGGCUCGCGGGCAGAUCUGGCACUUGCCUCGGGGCACUGGGCCUCCACGAGAGACACAGGGCAUAGCCCCAGCCUUUCUGGCUGAGUUGGAGGAAGACGCCAUCGCCUGCAUUUCCUGCGUUGUUUUGGGGAAGCUGCUGCCCCUCCUCUCCUGUGCCGAAUGCCGCGCUGCCCUCUUGUGCCCUUGUAAAGGUGUGCCUGCGGGCAGUGCCCUGCUGUGCGUGGAGAGCAAGGGAAGAAAGUACCUCCCGGCAGAGUCCGUACGGAAGGUGAUCCGCCGAGCAAAGCAGGUUGUUGGCCUGCCUUCCUUGUUCCUUGGAGACUCCAGCCACCGCGGGUUCUUGGCGUGGCAGCUGGCCAUCUUGGCAGAUGUGAGUGAGGAGCCCAGUCUUUUCUCAUCCCUGGGCAACCACCUCUUUGAGAGCAACGCUGUGGUUUCCAACCAUUACGUCACUCUGCUGCAGGAGCUUGUGCGAACCUUCUUGGAACUGUGGCUUGAGGCAGUGCAAGGGCAGUUGUCCACGCCACCGACUCAUGAAUGUAGCAGCUCUUUGAAAGUGGCUAAUGGUAAGCAGCAGACAGGGAAUGCAAAUGGCCCCAGCAGGGACUGGCCUCAGCAAACGCGUGGACUUAUGGAGUGGUACAUGCCUAUUUGA